AUGCCUCUAAGAUACGCUAAACUCCACAACCAAAACUACAAACAGCUGUUUUUACAUUACGCGCGUAAAGGCGAAAAUUUCCAAGACGAACAUUUCCCGCUCACAGAUUCGUCAAUAUGGAAGAAGGAGAGGCCUUUACACGAAACUAUAGAGUGGAAGAGGUGUAAGGAUCUUUGCAGAAACCCGCAUUUGUUCAUUUUCAAAAAUGGCCAACUGAGUCCAGAAGUUGUACAAGGAGCUGUUGGUAAUUGUUGGUUAGUUUCAGCCUUGGGUGUUUUGGCUGCUCAUCCGCAUUUAUUGGAAAGAGUUGUGCCGAGGUGGGGAUUACAAGAUUGGGUUCACAGUGAAGAGCCGGGAAAAAAGACGGGAGUGUAUCAUUUACGAGAUACGGAACGGCAUCCAGGUAUCUUCCGCUUUCGUUUCUACCGUUUCGGACAAUGGAUCGAGGUAGUCGUAGAUGACUACCUCCCAACAGUAAACGGUCACCUGAUAUACGCCCACUCGAAAAAUCCAAAUGAAAUGUGGUGUGCGCUAUUAGAAAAAGCGUACGCGAAACUUUGUGGGUGCUACGAAGCACUAGAUUCCGGAUCAGCUUCAGACGCGUUGGUUGAUUUAACGGGAACUGUGCCUGAGACUAUUGAAUUAGGUCAAAAUGAUAAUGAUGGCGGAGGGAUGAUUCAGGAAAUGGGACAAGACGCGUUUGUUUACUAUAUUCUUAAGGCUGCGAAAAAAGGUGCCUUGAUGAGUUGCUCGAUUAAUGCGUUGGACGAGGAGAGACUCGAAGAGAGGCUUCUUAAUGGGUUAAUUAUUGGUCAUUCUUAUGGAAUUACCCAAAUACAAAAAUUGCGACACAAUUGGCGCGGCAAAAAAGAAGUUUUAUUAUUGCGUCUGCAUAAUCCAUGGGGUGAGGUAGAAUGGAAUGGACCAUGGUCUGAUAGCUCGCCGGAAUGGGCAGAAGUCUCGGAGGCUAAGCGGAAAAAAAUGGGCCUAAUAGUGGAAGACGACGGUGAUUUUUGGAUGGCAUUCGAGGACUUUGUGGAAAAUUUCUCAACGUUGGUGAUAUGUCGUAAUCUUAACACGCCAUGGUAUGCGUUUGGUCCACAUUGGCAUAAUGUUUUAUUUCAUGGAGUUUGGUCAGUUGAGACUGGGACAGCCGGUGGAUGUAUAAAUAAUCAAGAAACAUUCUUUCAGAAUCCACAGUUUGCAUUUACGGUCACCAAACCAACUGUAAUUAUUAUUGCGUUAAUGCAAGAAGAUCAUCGUACCAUAAGACUCAACAAUAAUCUGACUAUAGGAUUCGUGUGUCUAAAAGUCGAAGAAAACCGAAAGUACCGUAUACAUAGACCCACAUAUAUGGUAACUAGUCAAGUGACGUAUAUUAAUGCGCGAGAAGUCACAUCAAAAGUUGAACUGGAUCUUGGACGAUACAUUGUCAUACCGUCGACAUUUAAUGCUGGCGAAGGGGGAUCUUACUUUCUAAGAAUGUUCUCGUCUCGAUAUAUAGAUGUGACCCCGCUUAUGAAAGAUGCACCGACAAAGAAAUGGUACCACUCGUUAAUGUACUGGGGUAAUGCUUAUUUUGUUGGAAUGGCAAGAAUCCAAAUAAUGAAAGUGCAUCUAAAACGAGAACUUAGUGGAUUUAUAAAAAUCACAUUUUCAGAUUUGAGGGACCGCCUUCAUGAACAUUACGUGUCACGCUCAUUUAAGAAAGCAAUAGUUGCAGAUAUUGGAAAUGAAUACGUCUUUUAUAUACGAGAUCCGUUAACAUCCGGAAUCACACUCCAGCUGUACGAAUCUCAUACGUUCAGCAAAGCGAAAUUAGUGGGUGAGAUGCGAGUCGGAUUUAAAAGUUAUUGUCGCGAAAACAAAGAAGGUAAAAUAUGGGAGAUUACAAAAACCUUCACGAAAAUGGUUCAAGUGCCUAGAUCACUUAAUGUGAUGACAACACAGGAAGUUGAGACUACUGAGAUUACACCUAAUGUUGCUAAAAAUCGUGAAUCUUUACUGAGCGCUUCUAAUAAUAGCAUUAUGCGAGAUGAUGAAACAAGUAGUAGUGUCAGCCAUCACAUGGCUGAUACACCAAAUCGUAUGGUCCCUACACCACGUCGUUUUGCGCCAAAGAGCAAUACGAAUACUAUGUUGGUGCCUCGGUCUAUAGAUGCUGGUAUCGGCGAAAUACAAAUCAGAAUAUCAUAUUUUAAGGGGGUUAACGCAUGA